AUCAGAGAAAACAGAAAGCGAGGCAACUGAUUGUUAUUGUUUUAAAGCGGACUGGCCACUCUGAAAUGAAGGGAUGGGGCUAUAAAAUGCCACAGGAGUGGCCCUGUCUGGAUCAAAAGUGUUCACUCACUGGCAUUGCCACUGAACGUAUGGAAUUGAGAUGUCCAUGCUGAAACCGCAUCUCUUCAACUAGAGAUCCCUACCGUACUCUAUCAUUGAAAACGAAAGUGAAUGUAUGAAGGACGCAGAGCCAAGAGACUGACACACGUUUCUGUGUAUGGUACUGUAAGUGUCCUUUGCUGUCCGUAGGUGUGACACUGACUUUGGUUCUAUGUAGUGGGAGAAAGAGGGGACUGCCACCUCUAAGAUGAUCCCUCUAGGGGAAAAUGAGGAAGGGACAACUGCAAAAAGUCUCUCAGCUGAGAGAGGCAGCCCCACGGACUUUAAAAUAAGACUCUCCGAGGGAGAAGCGAUUAACAAUUGCUCUAAAAUGAGCCUCAGCUCCGAGAGUGUCCAGGAGUGCCAAUCAGAGACUCAUACACCGAGCCUCUUAUCAGUGAAGAGUAACAACUCAAUGGUUCUACCACCUAUUUUCAGUCUGAGACUCGUGAAUGAAAAAAGUAGGCCAACAGGAAGUCUUUGUGGACUGUGUGAAAGGGAGCUAAAGGGGUCAUGAACACAUUUAUUGCAGUCCGUGCACGGGCAUCUUGAACUCACCUGAACCUCUCCCACAUCAAAAUUCACAUUCAACACAGUGUUACGCUGGACCUGGAGAUGUAGCGCGCCACCUCUGCAUUAAGAAACCGCUCAAAGCUGUGAAGUCCUGUCUGACCUGCGACAUCUCCUACUGUGAGGCGCACAUAAAGCAGCAUUACACAGUGGCAGCACUGUUCAAACGCACCCUGGUAGAGGUGACGGGAAACCUGCAGCAGAAACACUGCCAGCUGCACUUCCAAGCUCUUGAGGUUUUCUGUAUAACAGACCAGACACUGAUCUGUAAGGUGUGUGCAGUGGAAGACCGUACAGACCACAAAAAAUGCUACGUAAAGAUGCCCAUAGAGUUAGACACUUCAUCUCUACUGCAUCAGACACUGUUGAACUUGAUUGACUUAAAUGUAUUCCAAAAACAUCUGAUCAUUAAUUACCCAGAGUGCUUUGAGACUCAGUUGGACAAUAAUCUGGAUUUGGCUGACAAAAUGUUGGAGUGUUUUGGAAGCGACGGUGCUUUGAAGAUCACACUAAACUUUCUACACAUGAAAAACCCAAUUCUUCAGAAAGCAAAAGAGAUUAAAAUUAAACAGGGUCAGAGGAUUCAACAAAUAUGUCAAGGAAUAGGAAAACAUGGAAACCAAACUCUCUUAAAUGACAUCUACACAGAACUCUACAUCACAGAAAGUGGAAGUGGAGAGGUCAAUAUUGAACAUGAGGUGAGACAGAUUGAGAUGGAUUCAAAGAAAGAAUCCACACAAAAUAUGGCAAUCAAAUGCAACAACAUCUUCAAACGUUUACCUGGACAGAUAAAACAUAUCAGAACUGUGCUGACCAAAGGUAUUGCCGGUAUUGGAAAAACAGUCUGUGUGCAGAAGUUCAUCCUUGACUGGGCAGAGGGAAAAGCUAAUCAAGAUGUUCAUUUCAUGUUUGCUUUACCUUUCCGGGACCUAAACCUUAAAAGUGGUCAAUAUAGUCUAAUGCGACUUCUGCAAUACUACUUCCCAGAUCUAAAAGACAUUGACAGCAUUCAGUGCAGUGAAUUCAGAACAGUUUUCAUUUUUGAUGGUCUGGAUGAGUGUCGACUUCCUCUAGAUUUCCAAAAGAAUGAAGACAUUUAUGACAUUGUAAAGCCAACCUCAGUGGACGUGCUGCUGACAAACCUCAUAAAAGGUAAUCUGCUUCCCUCUGCUCUUCUCUGGAUAACCACUCGACCUGCAGCAGCCAAUCAGAUCCCUUUUGAGUAUGUGGACCUAGUGACAGAAAUAAAAGGUUUCAGUGACCCACAGAAGGAGGAGUACUUCAGAAAGAGAAUCAGUGAUGAGGAUCUGGCUAGCAGAAUUAUCAAACACAUAAAGACAUCGAAAAGCCUCUAUAUCAUGUGCUACAUGCCAGUCUUCUGUUGGAUAUCAGCAUCUGUUCUUGAGACAAUACUAAAAGACACAAAGAAUGUCAGUGUCCCCGAAACGCUGGUACAGAUGAAUGCACACUUCCUGCUCAUCCAAACCAGUUUGCAAAACAGGAAGUACAACAACGCCACAGAAACAAAUCCUAAGAAACUGUCGCAGUCGGACAAACAGAUGAUACUGAAUCUAUGCAAGCUGGCUUUCCAACAGUUGCAGAAGAGCCACUUGAUCUUCUAUGAGGAGGACCUCAAAGGUUGUGGCAUUGAUGUAACCGAGGCAUCAAAGUACUCAGCAUUAUGUACAGAGAUGUUCAAAGAAGGCUCUGGGCUAUACCAAGAAAAGGUCUUCAGUUUUCUUCAUCUGAGUAUUCAAGAGUUUCUGGCAGCAGUAUAUGCUUUAGAAAUAUGGCUGAAGAAGUCUGAAAAUGUGUUUGAUGAAUCACAGACAUGUCCUGAGUUAUCUGACUUACACAGGAGUGCAGUGGACAAAGCCUUGCAAAGUAGGAAUGGACACCUGGAUUUGUUCCUCCGAUUCCUUCUGGGCCUCUCACUGGAGUCCAAUCAGAAUCUCUUAAAAGGCCUUCUGACACAGAGGGAAUGUCAACCACUGACCAAUAAGGAAACAGUCAAGUACAUCUCAAACAAGAUUAAAAAAGAAUCUUCACCAGAAAGGAUCAUCAACUUGUUCCACUGCCUUAAUGAGCUUGGUGACAACUCUGUAGUUGAUGAGAUCAGGACCUCCCUGCGAUCUGGAACUCUUUCAGAAACCAAAUUACCACCUCACCAAUGUUCAGCCCUGGCCUAUGUGUUACUGAUGUCAGAGGAUGUACUGGAAGAAUUUGACCUUAAGACAUACAACACAUGUGAUGAAGGUUAUUAUAGAUUGCUCCCAGUAGUGAAAACCUGCAAGAGGGCACAAUUAGCUGGCUGUGGUCUUACAGAUCAAUCGUGUGGGACUUUGACCUCAGCUCUGCAGACACCAAAGUCACCCCUAAAAGAACUGGACCUCUCCUAUAAUAACCUGGGAGACAAAGGAGUAAAGCAGCUCUGUGCCGGACUCAAAAGUCCACUCUGCAACAUAAAAACACUCAUUUUAGGUCCAUGUGGUUUAACAAAGGAUUGCUGUUCAGAUUUGGCUUCAGUCCUGCAUUCACCUGACUCACAACUGAUCCAACUGGAGCUGAGAUACAACAAUCUGCAUGACGCAGGAGUUACACUGCUGUGUGUUGGACUGGUUGAUCCAAACUGUAAUCUACAGAAACUGGGUCUAAGUCAGUGUGGUUUGACAGAGGAUUGCUGUUCAGAUCUGGCCUCAGUUCUGACUUCACCAAACUCACAACUUACACACCUGGAGCUGAGAGACAAUGAUCUGCAGGACUCAGGAGUUGAACUGCUUUCAACUGGAUUGGAUAAUUCAAACUGUAAACUACAGACACUUGGUCUAGGUCAAUGUUGUCUGACAGAGGGUUGCUGUUCAUAUCUGGCAUCAGUCCUGAGUUCAUCAAACUCACGACUGACACACCUGGAGCUGAGAGACAAUGCCCUUCAAGACUCUGGAGUUCGACUGCUCUGUGCUGGAUUGCAGAAUCCAAACUGCAAACUACAGACACUAGGGCUGUCUGGCUGUGAAGUCACAGCGGGUGGUUGUGUUGCUCUGGCCUCAGCUCUGGAGUCAAACGCCUCCCAGCUGAUAGAGCUGGACCUGAGCUACAAUCACCCAGGAGACUCUGUAGGACGACUGCUUUCAGCCGCUGAACGAGAUCCUGCAUACAAAAGUUUGAAGCUGAACUUGGAGCAUGGCGGAGAGGGCAGGAUGGCAGCAGGUCUGAGGAAAUAUGCCUGUCAGCUGACCAUGGACCCAAAUACAGCAAACACACACUUGUUGCUUUGUGAGAAGAAAAUGAUGGUGACACGGGUCAAAGAGAAGCAACAUUAUGAAGACCGUCCAGACAGAUUUGAUUGGCAUCCUCAGGUUCUCUGCACUGAAGGCUUAUCUGGGUCUAGAUAUUACUGGGAGGUGGGCUGGUAUGGUGGAGAGCCUGACAUUGGAGUGGUUUACAAAAAAAUAAGUCGGAAGGGAUGCGGCCUUGACGGUUGGAUUGGACAAAAUAUAAAUUCCUGGAGUUUGAACUGCAUUGGUAAGAGUUGCUAUAGCUUUUACAAUGCGGGACGCAAUCCCAUAUUCUUCCAUGGCCCUGCUUCACACAGAAUCGGCGUGUAUCUUGAUUGGCCAGCUGGUGCUUUGUCUUUCUAUAGUGUGUCGUCAGGUAUACGGAAGCACAUUCACACAUUCUACACCACAUUUACUGAGCCCCUUUAUCCUGGGUUUUGGAUUUACCCAGACUCUUCCUUGUCUACCCAUGUAUCCAUGCCCCAUAUGAGCGAGAGUGCAGCCUGUACAAACAUCAAACAGUAAUAUGCUAAUUACAUUGUAAUUACAUUAUGUAUAUUGUUAUGUAAAGUUUACAUCCUAAUCUAUUUUUUUUUUUAUUAUUGUUAGUUACAUUCUUAUGUUCAGUAUAUUAUUGCUAUACUUGCUAUAUCUAUACUAUUCAAUACUUCUACCCACAUUGUUUAUAUUCCCCUCUCUACUCUUUUUAAAAUUGACAUUUUUAUGUAUAGUAUUGCUGUAUUUUUGCAAAUUUUUUGCUGUAUUUUUUAUUUUAUUCUUACUACAUUGAUGUCGUGUGCCAUGUCAAAAGAUUUUAAUUGUGUAGGAUGACGCUGUGUUUUUCGGAGCAUUUGAACUGAGUAAUGUGUAAAAUUCGAGUUUAUUUUUAUUUCAACAGAUAUUCAUCUACUUCAUCUACGAUGCUUCCCAUUGUUGAAAAUACCCUGUGAUCCAAACAAUCUGAAAUAGCCUAAUCAUUGACGAAGUAUGGGACAGUUAUAAUCGACUUAGAUCAGACUGAUCAGGACAAAAAUAUAAAGCUACAACUUGUUAUUUCACUGACAUUGUCCUAACAUGACUUGUCUCCUUUCAUAUUGUGUUUAAUAAUAUAAAUCUAUAAUGGCAACUUGCGAUAAAUCAGUCAAAUGUUUCCUGGGUUUACAGCGUAUUGCUCUAAUGUUGACUUGCUUUAAGCAGUGUAAGAUUGAACGCUAGUUUUCUCAUUGCAGGAGCUGUUUCCAGUACUUCUUUGAUACCCCCUUCACAUAUGAUUAGUGAAACUCCAAAUUAUAAUGUUCUCCAGAAUUAACUUCCAGAAAUAUAAAGAACUUACGAUUUUCAGCAUCGCUUUUUCUCAGCAUCUCUAACUCUGUCAUGUGUGUACGUGCGUGCGUGCGAUUUUAUUACAGCACUCAGUCCUUUUGGGUAGGGGUCUAUAAAACAUAAAAUCAGAUAAUCUUCCUAAAUCUCUGGCCCUGGAAACCCUGACCCAAGUGACCCAAGAACCCCUGACCCAGGAACACCAGACCCAGAUGACACAGGAACAGCAGACCCAGGUGACCCAAGAACCCAUGACCCAGGUGACCCAGGAAUCUAUGUCUCAGGUUAACCAGGAACCGCUCACCCAGGGUCCUGUGGCCCAGGAAGCUCUGGACAUGGAGCCACUGGCCCAGGAAGCUCUGUACAUGGAGCCACUGGCCCAGGAAGCUCUGGACAUGGAGCCACUGGCCCAGGAACCACUGGCCUGGAUGGAAGGCAGUGGGUGGAAGGCCUUGAGUACUAUACUUGGCACCUGCCUGCUAUGGACCUUGUGUCUUUUGAAGAUCACACUCAAGAGGCCUCCACAGAAAACCCAAGAAAGCUCUCCCUCAUAAGCCAAAGAAGAAAUGCAGCAAAGACUGUUAAUUCUCCUCUACUGUUGUCAUGGUCAGAAUGUUUGAUUACGAUGAAGGCAAUUGGCUGUCAAAACUUAGUAAAUGUAUAUGUGUUUUAUAUCUAAAUUAUGGUAUCUGCAAUUUU